CUAAAAUGGCUUGUAGACAGUCUCUUAGUGAGAAGGAUUUCAGCUGCCCUAUCUGCUGUGACAUCUUCAAGGAUCCAGUUCUUCUCGCCUGCUCACACAGCAUCUGUAAGGGCUGUGUGCAAACCUUCUGGAACCGUAGAGGAACACAGAAUUGCCCCAUCUGCAGAACUGUCUCCACCAACCCUGAUCCACCCAUAAACAUUGUGCUGAGAGACAUAUGUGUGCUGCUGAGAGAAGAAACAUCUCCGGACGUUCCCGAAGAGACGGCGGGGUCCUGUGGUCUUCAUGGAGAUCCUCUUACCUUCUUCUGUAUGGAAGAUCAACAACCAGUCUGUGAAAAAUGCAGAAACACUAAACAGCAUAAGAGCCAUCGCAUCCGUUCAACAAAGGAUGCAUCACAGGACUUAAGGAAAUUGCUCCAUGUAAAACUACGGGCUUUUGAGGAAAAACUGGGAGUGUAUAAAAGAUUUAAACAGUUCUGCGAUGAAACAGCGGAGUACAUAAAGAUGCAGAGCCAGCACACAGGGACUCAAAUUAAGGAGGCGUUUGAAAAGCUUCACCAGUUUCUAGAAAAUGAAAAGGCAGCCAGAAUAACUGCACUGAGGAGAGAAGAAGAGCAGAAGAGUGAGAUCAUUAAAAAGAAGAUGGAAGAGAUUAGAUCAGGGAUCUUAUCUCUCUCACGCAUCAUUGAGUCCAUCGAGGAACAACUUGUAAGGAAUGAUUUCACAUUUCUUGUGAAUUACAAGGCUGCAGUUGAAAGGUAAGUUUGCACACUGCAGGAUCAUGUAAGACCUUCUGGAGUGCUCAUUGAUGUCGCAAAACAUGUGGGUAAUAUGAUGUUUAACGUGUCAAAGAAACUGCAAGCCAUCGUCAGAUACACCCCAGUAACUCUCGACCCCAACUCUGCCCAUCCAUAUCUUGUUGUGUCGGAUGAUCUGACCAGUAUAGUUUACACUGAUGAGCUCUUCCAGCAACUUCCAGCAAACCCAGAGAGAUUUGAUGGCUACACAAGUGUUCUUGGUUCUCAGGGCUUUGGUUCAGGGACUCACAGCUGGGACAUUGAGGUUGGAGACAGCACCGCCUGGGCUGUAGGUGUGAUCACAGAGUCCGCAUACAAGAACAGAGUGAAUCCCUCCAGGACGGGCUUGUGGUACGUGGGUUUCUGCAAUGGUAAAUACGGGAAGGGCUGUUCUCCAGAGAUUCUGACUCUUUUACGGGUGAGACAGAAAAUUCAGAGGAUCAGCGUGCAGCUGGACUGGGACAAGGGGAAAGUGAUGUUCACAGAAUCGGCUCAUAAUGUCGCUCUGCAUGUUUUUAAACACACUUUCACCGAGACAGUAUUCCCCUACUUUUAUAAUCAUUGCAAGCAACAUCCGCUGAAAAUAAUGCCGGUAAAGAUGAUUGUUAACGCACAAAUUUAGAGCGAACAGCCAUGUAUAAAAGUUGUGAAAGAGUUUCUAUAAGUUGAUUUUAGGUUAACUGGGAUGUCUAAAUACAAAACUCUAGUUGUCUAAAACAUUUGUAAUGUAAUCUAAAAAGAAAACUGAAAUAAAACAAUGUAUUGUUGUAGUUAUAAACACUUUUAUAGGAAGGUAUAGUAAUAAGCAUUUUCUCAUGUACACAUCUCAUAUGUACAUUCACAUAUUUAAUUCAAUUACUGUGCAUACCCCUACCUUGCACAUGCAUAACCACUUGCACAUUUACAUAUGCCAUUUUUCCACUUAUAAUAUUUGUUUGCACAUAUAAGAUUGAGCAUUAAGGUUCAGAAUGGCUGAAAUGUCUAUGCCUUAGUGUCU